AUGAUCGGCCACCUGUUCAGCGCCCGCAAGAGCGCGAGCCUCUCUCACCCGUCCCCCACCGUCCUCGACUCGGCCACCGAAGAGAGCCACACGCGCCACCUGCUCUAUCCAGACUCUACCACCCUCUACCACCCCGAUGACCAGCCCUAUCCGCUGCACUCGGCUCCGCUGACCCCCGGAAGCGGCCAUGACGGGCCUCUGCCAGAGAUCGAUCUCGAGUAUCCGCGCGACUGCCGCAUCAUCAUCGCCCAGGACGAGACGUCGGCCAUGCCCAAGACCAUCUUGUUCGACUCAAAGCCGGCUCCGCCCCGUGCCGAGCCGCCAGCCACGCCAAACACGCGCACGAGGCCAUUCGGCGGAACCAAUGCGAGCCCCGCCAGCACCGCAAGCCCAGCAUGGGGAGGCGUGCAUGCACGAAGGUCAUCACUCGUCGCUGAGCCUACACCACCGAGGUCCCCCACGAUGGGAGCCUUCACCCGCGUCCGCACCCGCGGCACCUCCAUCUCCUCCAUGCCCAACAUCGACGAGCAUGCUCAGGUGCAGGCCAAGGCACAAGCUCGCGCAAAGGAGUCGACCGACCUUGCCAACAUCUGCCUCGACUGCAUGUUUGGCAAUCUGGCCAUGAACUACCGAGGCAACUCCAACAAGGUACACAUUGUGCCACUCGAGAACAAGCCAGCAGAAGCUUCUUCCUUACUCGGUAGCUGUGCUCAGGAUGCAGCGAGCUCACUGGGGAGGGCAGAAGGACUGCGCAGGAGAAGCAAUCUUGCCAAGUCGUACACACCUGCAAACCUCCCCACAGAUCUUCCCCGCAACGACUCUAGCGAAAGCGUCAGCAAAGAAUCCAGGCGGCGUACCAUCUUCAUCACCCGCAUGUUCUCCGUCACCCUUCCUGAAGAAGACACUGAAGCUCGCACUCCUACGCCACAGAGCUCACUGCCAAAGGGCAAUGGCUUCCCUUUUCCACAGACCAGCUCCAAACCGGCUCAGUCGAAACCCCCUUACAUCUCGCACCCACGCAAAAGUCCCAUGUACGCCAUCACCAUUAUCCUACAUUUGCCAGUGUCGCAGUCUCCAGCAACGAUUCGGCCGUCUUCAAGAGGCAUCAACCUGCGAAACCCAACGCACAUGUCUUCGUCCGCUCCAGGACAAGACUCGCUAGGUUCUUCUCUCGACUCUGACCGACGUGCUGGAUGGGCCUUUAGUGACUCGAACCUUGGCAUGGAUUCACUCUUGUCAUCGUCCCUGACUAGUGAUGUUGACGAUCGUGUGGAUGUAGUGGGACAGCACUGGGAUGUCAUCAUGCGUGCUCUCACGAGCCUGCAGUACGUGGUUCAGGAACGCAUUCUGGCUCAGUUCAAAUCACCGGAUCCAUCAGGCCUACCAGUUGCUCCCCACCAGCAUCGACAUCAGCCGUCUCGCACAAGCCUCAGGGACAUGUCUACCUACCCCACGCGCAAGCCGUUGAGACUCCAGCCUAAUGCUCUAAUGAUGGACAAGGAGAUUCAGACGGCAGCAGAGCUCACUGGCACUCGCGUCGUGAGUGGAAUGAGAAUACCCCGCGUUAUGACGGGUCAGGGUAAAUGGGGUGUCUGGCGCGAGGAAGCAAGAUGGCUCGGACGAUGGGCUGGUCGACGAGAGCAAAACUUCUUCUUCUACAAUCUGUUGACGGCGUUUUUGGGUAACCACACCGAAUGGCUCAAUGUCCUCGGCCCCAAGUGGUACCGCAAACGACAUCGCAAGCAGCAGAAGGCGAACGCUAGUGAAACUCUCAUCAUCACCAAUCGGACCAUUAUUGUUUCUCCGGACAAGAUGGCUGCACGCAGGCUCAUCUUCCUCCUCGCUGCCUUUUUACCACCAAACGCUCCUAGCAGCGGCGAGAGCAACUCUCUCUUGCGUCCUGGAACCUCGACGUCGCUUCGUGCUUACUCUCAGUCGCCACCAACCAACAUGCCGCCUUCACGUAAACAGUCACUACGUCGUCAGAUCAAUCGCCGACCGAGAGGCCAGCAAAGUGUGACCAACAUGGGCUUGCUGCAACCGAGCAUUCAACACAUAGCUCAACCACCAACGGAAGGCAAUUCUGAGCGCUUCGAGACUGGCGCUGGUGGCGAGGCGCUCAAGCCCGCCAGGCCAACCGGCCACUCUCGUCGAUCCUCUACCCACUCUGUCCGGACCAGUCUUGUUAUACCGUCCAUGUCUGACGGCUCAGCUAUUGUAAAGGACACCGGUUUCGUCGCAACAACGACCACUUCGCAGAGCACGGUACCCAUAGCACAUUUCACUCUGCCAAGAAUGAAAUCGUCCACGCCCAUGCCUGAGCCACGACCCGAGAGUAGCGAUAGUCUGGCUUCAGCGAACUUGAUCCAUACUCUACAAAGAAGCGGCACAGGUCAGACGAGUAUUGCCAGCAAUGACUCCAGUAAUAACAGUCGCUGGAGUGGAUUUAUGAAUUUUUGGAGCGGGCGACGGUCGUCCUCGACUGAUCAAAGCGACUAUCUUCAGACCACUGACGAUGGGGUGGGAUACCGUGGUCAAGAGCGGCCUAGGUCUCAGCUUGAGCACAUGGUACAGGAGCUCUCCAUGGACCGUGUCUUUGAAGGGGACGUGUUCGAGCCCCCUAUCGCGAACACUGGUGGUGCAAUUGCUGCCGAGACUUCACCUGAAAUAUUCCCGCAGGGCAGUGGUAGCGGUAUCCCGGCAUCAGCUGCACGACCGAUUCCGGAUCGACCCAGAACUUUUGAAGGGCCAUUGAAGCUGUCUGUUAACGAGAAGGACGGUGUCAUUGACGUCGAUAUUCCCUUGCCGGAUUUUGGCUCACCGUUACAGUCACCUCUGCUGGGAGGCUACGGUUCCGCAUCUAGCCAUCAUGGUUCCAGCUUUGGCGAGUCAUCGGUUCUUUCGACGCCGUGUGGUGAGUCCGAACAGCCUGUCAACGCUGCUGGUUGGUUAAGCCAGUUCCACCCCGAUUUUGCUAUUCAGGCCAUCAAGCCUUAUGCAGAACUCGAGCGCGAUAUCAAGCGAGCCAUGAGCGCAGAGCCUACUCCGCUCACUGCAGCUACAACACCGAACUUCGAGACGGGCCCCCUGGAACGCUGGGUUGACGUGUGCUCUGCUCUCAUUGCAGACACGAGCGCGUUCAAGAUCAAGCGCAUCAGCCUACGACGCCUAGUUAAGCUGACGCCGACACCCACUUACCAACCCUCGGCCAUGACACCAAGUGUCUCUGGGUUGCCACCUGGUCGCUCACAAUACGGCAACCCGUAUUCGGUUGGCACGCUGGGACCCAUGAUGACGGAAGUGCACCUUGCCGAAAAGUUCGAUGUGGAGGCCAUCAUGGACUUUGAUAAUACGCUCAUUGAUGGCGUGGAUCGCAUACUGGCGCAAUCCGGCGAGGUGACUCGGGUUCAUUCUGAACAGUCGUCCCGAUCGAGCUCCCGAAGAGGUCGACAUGACGCGAACGCCGAAUUAGACGCGCUCUCGCAUGGUGAGCUACCGCAGACUGACUGCAAGGGUGUGCUGUUCGAGGCCCUUGAAGCAGUCGUUAAAGACGUCACGGCUGAACGUGUUGGCAGAGAAUUGCUCAAGAAUGAUCAGGGAAAGGAGUCUGGGAAGCAAAGCCAGCAUAAGACAUUUACAGACUCUUCGCUGAAGGAAGGCGUGAGGAGAUGGCUAACUGAGGUGGAGUGA